AUGAUCAGCAGCUAUCGUAAGACACACUACGUCGAGGCUUAUGAUGAUUUCAAGGUCCUUAAGCUCCCAUUUCGACAAGGCCGUGACAAGAAUCGCAGUUUCUCCAUGCAUUUCUAUCUCCCUGAUGAGAAACAUGGUUUGGAUAAUCUUGUCAAGAAAAUGACAUCAGCUCCUGGAUUCUUGGAUAAUCACAUUCCGAGUGAAACACUUUCUGUUGGUUUAGUCAGUAUCCCAAAGUUUAAGAUCUCUUUCGGGUUUGAGGCUUCCAAGGAAUUCGAUUUGGGAUUUGAUAAAGUUGAUAUGUACCAUAAAGCUUGUGUAGAGAUCGAUGAAGAAGGCGCUGAAGCUGCUGCUGUCACUUUUUUGUGUGUGCCAACAAGCUUUAUUAGGUAUAGCACAGAUUUUGUGGCUGAUCAUCCAUUUCUUUUCUUAAUUAGAGAAGACAAAACUGAAACUGUUUUGUUCGCCGGUCAAGUCUUUGAUCCUUCCAAAUCUUCUUAA